UGUAUGACUCCCGUGCACCAGAUUUCCCGCGUGCAGACUUGUUGAGCACGUGGUCGUCCGCGCAUGUUGUUGGUCUUGCAGCAGCAGCAGCAGCAGCAGUAGGCUUUGUUUCAAUCGCCGCGUUCGUUUGACGCUUUCGGUUUCCUUUCGUUCCGUCAUGCCGAGGAGGAAGGUGAAUGCGUCCAAAAGCGGCGCGACCGCGGCUGAGCGCAGCGACAUCGACCAAGCAUCGUCGACGCGACAGCGGCAGACCGCUCGACGUUCUUCUUCCGGCACGACUACUGCGAAGUCCAGCACCGCUGGCCUGUUGCCUGGCCGUCGGCGGCGCUCCCAACCUGGUGUCCCCGACAGUACGUCUGUCGCGCCUUCAGGUGGACCGGCAGCGGCGCUGAACAAAGGCGACGAUCUAGCGCCUACUGGAAGCCCCGACCGUUUACAGGUGAAGGGACGGCCCGCGGCCCGUGCCAAGCCAGCCGGUGCACAGGACAUGACUGGAGGCAAUGUAGCUGCCGAUAAGUCGGCGAAGCCAGCCGUGGCUGCAAAGCGAGGGCGUGCAGCGCGGGGUCCUUUAGUUAAGCGUGCAGCAGUCAAAGCCUCAGAGCCCGGACAAGGAACCUCCGAAAGCCCAAGCCGUUCCAAGCCAACCGGUGGCGGCGCGGUAGACUCCACAGUAACGGUAGAGCCAAGUCUCAAGAGGGGAAAACGAGGGCGUGCAGCAACUCCCCAGGCCGUUGUGGCAAAGGCGAAAGGAGGACGGAACACCGAAAGCCUGGUCCGUUCACCGUCGGCCCACUCUAAGUCUGCUGGUGCACUGGCUGAAGCCGGUGACAGUGCAGGAGCCUCGAAGUUAACUGGAAAGCAGGCUACAAAGCGUGGUCGUGCAGCUACUAGCAAGGCUAGUGCUGGUACAGUUGUGCUGCAGCAGCAUGCCAAUCAGGACCCUCCGACUGAAAGAGGUGCAGCUGAUGCAUCAAGUACUGGAGAGGAGGACCUUUUGCAGCCAAAGAGAAAAUCGUUAGCUCGCUCCAAGCAGCCUGGUGUGACUGUCAAUGCUGGCAAGAGUGUGGAUGCCUCUAAUGUGACAGCCAAGAAUACAACGAAGAUGGCCAAGGGCAAGAAGCGAGGCCGUGCACCUGCCCUCGACCCUACCAUGUCUGAGCCUCAACAGCUGGAGGAACAAGGCGCACCUGCUAAGCGCACUGUGGGCAAUGUAUUGAGUGGUGGAGAAAAGUCCAGCGCCACAGCACAAGGAGCUAAACGAGCGGGUCGUCCUUCAAAGCAACUCGGCUCUGUAGCCUUGCCUAGUACCAGUGCUGGAAGAACGGCAGCUACGACUGAUGCUAACUUGGGGAGAGGUGCCAAGAAGCUGUCUGCCAAAGGCCAGACUGCAGCAUCUAGGGGCCCUGGGAUACAAAACAAAAAACUGCCUGCCAAAGGCCAAACUGCGGCUUCUAACACCACUGGGAAACAAAAGACGACGGCAGCCAAGGGGCGUCCACAGUCAAAGCCAAAACAAAGGAAGCGAAAGGGUGCUCCAUCCGAUGCUGAUGAGGUGUCAGAUGCUUCAGAUAGCAGCUAUGUAGUGCCACGUGGUUUGUUGCAGAGGGCAAAACGCAGGGAGCCUUUUUAUUAUGACUACAUUCGCCCGUGGGUAGAGGAGCAGCUCUGGAGUGACAGCGACUCUGAGGACGACGAAGACAUUUCAAAUGCCUCGAUCAGCAGCAUCAUACCUCCUGCUGGUUUGCUCCAACCAUACCGUCUCAAGAAUAGACUGAUCGGUGCUGGAGGUAGUAGUUCAGGCAGUGACACCGAAGACGACAUGCUUGUCUCUCCUGGAGAGGAUCUCCUGUCGAGAUGCGAAGCAAAAUUUGGAUUGAACACACUGCCACAUUCCACGACAACCACUGCUGAAGCGAUCAGCAUGCUGGUGAACUUUGCAAGCAGUCGCCGCCUUCCCUGGGGUGCCCUGACCGAACUAGUCACAAUUGUCAACAAGUUGUUUGCUCCGGCUGUGGAUGUUCUGCCUGGCCGCAAGGCUUUAGUGAAGGCACUGUCAGAAAUGCCUUAAGUGCCCCUUUGUAUACAGCGUCAAGUUGGAGCUGGGCUCGCUGUCAUAUAGUGGCUGAGUACAUUUCACAUCUCUGGUUUAUGCGCGACAGCAAGUUGGCAACAAAUCAUUUAUCAUCCCGUUUUAAAAUCUGCAGAGCAACAAGGAAGCCUAAUUUUUAUCUCGUCAAGUGUUUCACAGCUGUUGCACAGUAUCAGAUGUUCCCAU